AUGGAUGUUGAUGAUGAGUUGGGGGUUGGUGGCGCAGCAGCUGGACCGCAGGGGCAAGGAACGCGGCAGCAGCAGGAGGAGCAGCAGCAGCAUGAAGGGCAGCAAGGGCAGCAGGAGCAGCAGCAGCAGGAGGAGCAGCAGCAGCACGAGCAACAACAGCACGAACAGCAGCAGCAGCAGCAGCAGCAGCAGCAGCAGCAGCAGCAGCAGCAGCAGCAGGACCCUGGCCCCCGCCAGCGCUGGGGCGACUCAGCGCUGCUGCGCCUGGUGGAUGACUUCCUGUUAGUCACCACCUCCCGCGCCGCCGCCGAGGCCGUCGCGCUCCGCCUGCAGCGCGGCUUCGCCGAUGACUACAACGCGACCAUCAACCCCGCCAAGACGCGCGCAAACUUCCCGGUGCCGCUGCCCGGCGGCGGGGCGGCGCCGGCGAGCCUCUGGGUCGCGGGCGACGGGCAGUCGUACGUGCGGUGGUGCGGGCUGCUUAUCCACAGUGACAGCCUGGAGCUGCUGGCGGACUACAGCCGCUACGCCGGGCAGCACAUCAGCAGCAGCCUCACGCUGGCGCUGGGGCGGCGGCCGGGGCGGGCGCUGCUCGGGAAGGUGCUGCAGUACACGCGGCCCAAGUGCCACGCGCUGCUGCUGGACGACACCAUCAACGGCGGCACGACAGUGCGCCUCAACAUCUUCCAGGCAGGCAGCGCUGUUUCGUGCCCGGCCUUCCUGCUGACGGCCAUGAAGACGCACUGGGCCGUGCGCACGCUGCUCGGCCCCGGCUGCCGCGGCCCCCAGCGCGACCCCCGGCUGGUCCUGCGCGCGGUGCAGGGCGCCAUCAGCUACAUGGUGUCCCUGGUCAGGAGCAGGGUGCGCCUGGCGCGCGUGCGGCUGGGGCUGGACUGCCGCUGCGGCGUGUCGCGGUGCCACGUGAGGUGGCUGGGGCUGGUGGCCUUCCAGCGCGUGCUGCGCAGGAAGCAGGCCGCCUACGGGGCGGUCCUGGCCGUGCUGCAGGAGGAGCUGCGGCGCCCCACCUACGCGCAGCUGUCGCGCCAGCUGGCGGGCGUGGUGGACCCGGCGCGGUCCUCGGUGUUUGACCAGAUCAUCUUCUGA